AUGGUCGGUGCCGGGGCCCCAUUAUCUACAGAGCUGGUCAGUCGUGGCAUCUCGUGCUGUCCAGUGGACAUUAUCCGCGACGGCCCGGCGGGUGACCUCCUCGACGACUCAGUGUAUGAUCGUUUGGUAAGGUUGAAAAAGGAAGGCGAUGGGGGACCGCGGCCCAUACGGACCGUGGAGUUCCCCGAAGGAGGGCAAGUCAGCCUGGAACAACCUCGUAACUCUUUGAGCUGGCUCACCAUGGAAGUGCAGGAAUUCUUGAAGCGCAUUUCAGCAGAUCUUAAUGUCAUCCCGGCCUGCUCCGUUGGCAUGUCGGUUCACAAACACUGGCUGUUUGCGUCAAGCUGGCGCCCUCUUCAGGCAUUGGCCUCCAGGUGUGAUCGUCCCUACACUGCUCAUGCUGAUGUAAAGGGGGUCAAAGACUCCUCAGGCGAUUGGGCCUCCAGGAGAACUGCAGAAUUUCCGACAUUGCUGUCUCAACGCUUCGCUGAUCUUAUCAUGCCAGUGUUUUCCCCGGGUCCAGAGGCCAAGCUUCUAUCAUGUGAUGAGGCGUUGGGCAUGGUACCUUGCAAGCCUCACAACGCACUUCCAAGAGCAAAUCAAGACGGGGGAGGCAUCUUCAGCCUCCCAGACUGGUCAUCGCCCCCCCCUGGUCAGUGUGAUCAUCUUCGCUCGCUGCGGCAUCUUUGGACUGAGUGGCUGGCUGCACAUCACAUUCCGAUCCGGCUGCGGCAACAUGUCCAACAAGAGUCGGAGGAACCUCUAUUUUCUGAGGCGGAGGUGGCCGAGCUUCGCAAGCUGACAUCGGCCUGGUUCGCACAGCAGGGCGUUGCUUCAGUUUCUUGGGAUAUUCCGGAAUUUCAGCCCUACUGCCUUUCUGCACUUCAGGCUAUCGCAGCUGUUGUUUCUGAUAAAGAUGAUGCGCUUUGGCCCGCUUUGUUGCGUGGUGUCCCGACGGGCAUCAACGGCGACAUUCCGAGAUCAAACGUGUUUGUCCCAGUUCAGGCUGAAGAAUCUGUGUGCACUGAGGAGCUCAUCAUCUGCCAGGAGAACUGGAAGCAGGCUACCGAGCAACCAGAGUUGCUAGCUCAGCUAGUGCAGAAGGAAGUCCAGGAGGGCUGGGUGUUUUCGGUUCCUGACCUUGAAACAGCUCGGGCCAGAUGGGAGUACGAAUCCUUCAGUCACAAUCCCCGUGGCAAGCCAUCGCAGAAGAGCGAUCUCAGGCUGGUGCAAGCUUCGGGCAAGCGUUUGUGGCUGCGUGUAGCAGCUCAGCGUGACAUCACUUGCUACGAAAUCCUUGCCCAGCAUGCGCUGCUUUGCCUUGUGGCUGCCCGCUUGCCUACAGGCCUCAGUCUCGAGGUUGCCCACGUGCCAGGUGUGUGCAAUGACGAUGCCGACAUGCUAUCCAGGACACUUCGCUUUUGUGGCAGCCCCCGCUUGAUUGAG